UUUGCCAUGGAGAUCAACGUGCAGCACGACCCGCACACCGGCGAGCAGCGCAUCUUGUCGGCCAACCGCGUGAACCCGUUGGACGCGGCGUCGCGUGGCGUCAAAGUCUACGACGAUGGCAAGAAAGUGGUCUAUGAGGUCACUUCCUCUGGGGGUGUGUCCACCACCAGUGUGGAGAAUGGCUGGAGCUCCUCGCAGGUCGACCAGCUGAUCCAGCGAGCCGCCAGGCCUGCUGCACAAGGAGGAGAUGGCGGGAGAGGUCAGGUGAGGGUGACCCCGGCUGUCCCACAGGCCUACGUUUCCCCGGCAGAUGUGGAUGAUCUGUCUCCGCCCUCUUGUGCCCCACCAUCCAUCCCUUCCAGCCCACCAGCACAGGUCAUCCUACAGAGAGAGACCCGCCUGGGAAUGAUCCCCCCCUCCGCUCCUGUCACGACCCAGCCUGCCUCCUCGGCCCACCCGGGCAACGAGCUCACCUGCUCGCCUCAAGCCACGGCGGAGCACCCAGUCACCAUGGUGUUCCUUGGCUACCAGGACGUUGAGGACAUGAGCGAGAGCAGGCGGCUGCUCGGCUUCGACGGCGCAGUGAAGGCCGAGGUGGUCCUGAUCGACGAAGACGACGAGAAGUCGCUGAGGGAGAAGACGGUCACCGACGUAUCCAUCAUCGACGGCACGGCGGCCGACCUCGUGUCGGGGCGGCCGGCCACGUCCGAGGCUGCCAGCACGGAACUGUCAUCUGACGGCCGUGAGCCUGACAGCGCCUCCUCGCCACCCGCAAAUGAUGCCAACACGCCCCCCCCACCGGGCCUUACCCCCGCCACAGGCUACAUCAAAACACCAGAGGUUUCCUUGACAACAACAAAUGGCUAUCAAGUUCCCAUGCCGACCAAACAUCCUCACACUGCCAUGAAAUCGUGGCGGGCAGCCGAGGAUGUCAGUGACUCUACACCGAGAGAACGAGCCCUGAAGAGCGUCAGUUUCCAGGAAUCGGUCAGCGUUAUCACAGACACGCCCGCAAGCAUGGAGCUGGAGAGCCAGCAGAUGCAACAUGGCUGCCUCAGCAGUCCCAAUAACCGACCCCACGGUGAAGUCGAGACCCCUGACAGCGAGGUGGUUCAGGAGAUCCGUUACCUGGACCAGGUGUUAGACGCAGCCUCUGAAACACCCACUAAUGGAACCUCGUCUCCGUCAGAUCACAACAAACCAAUCAGCAUUGACGGAAGCUCCCCCUCUAUCUGUGUGUCAGCAUCCCCUCCUGUCAAUCACCAGCCCGUCAUCGUCGAGGGGCACAGACAGACAACGUUCAUCCACGAGGACGACUCCCCCGUCAGAACCAACGGGCACAUGCAGGGGGAGGAGUCGGGGCGCGGCAGGGCGAAGUUUGAGCUGAGGGCGUUUCAGGAGGAGAGGCGGCCCGCGAAACUCUUUACCCCCGGAGAGGAGCAGCAGGUCAGGGUGACGAGGACACGACCCUCAGAGGAGGUUCACGAGUUGGAGCGUGAGCGUCAGGAAUUGAUCAAAGACCAGGCUGUGAAGAAGAAUCCAGGCAUCGCCCAGCGCUGGUGGAACCCUCCUCAAGAGGUUCCUUUGGAGGAGCAGCUGGAUACAGAGCAGCUGGAGUCGCUCAAGAAAUACCAGGAGAGGAAACAGCAGAGGCAGAAUUAUACUUACACAUGCACACAGCCACAGGUGUCAGGCCCGCCCACAGUGGUGACCUUUGACCCCGAGCUGACCAGGAAGGAGGACGUUGUGGAGAAGCAGAUUGACUUCUCCUCUGCCAGGAAGCAGUUUCUGCAAGGGGAGGUGACAAAGAAGGACAUAGUUCCUCAUAUAUAUUCGGCCAAACCUUUCUCGAAACCCACGACCAGGAUCAGCCAGGGGACCGGUGACGUCAUCGCUGACACCGGAGAGAGUCACGUGACCUGGUCUGAUGAAGGAAUCGCAGGUGAAUUCACUUGCGCACGAGCCGUCAUGAAGAUCCUGCGUGAGGAAGAGGAAGGGAAGGGUAAUUUCCUCCCGUCAUACAACCCAGAGGAGUCCGACUCGGGAUUGGACGACUUAUCUGUCCGCUCUCAGGACACCACAGUGUUUAGCUUGGAUAAUGUUUCCGACAGCGGGGCUUCGCUACCCCCUACCCCACUGCCACUUACUCCGGUGUCACCUCCCACCCCCCAGCCCACCACACCAGUCAACGGGCAGACCAAUGGCAAUCCAACAGAAGACGAGCUGGAGUACCACGCUGGGGUGCUCGUCCAAAACGCCAUACAAAAUGCCCUGGCGGCUCAGAACGGCGGAGAAUGGCAGCCACUGGAUUUGGAUUCUUCACAGUUCAGCACUCCAGUGUCUCCAUCCUCAGCUUCAACCAGUAGUCCAGUGCCAGUUUCCUUCUCCCCUGUGUCUUCUGGUGGAGCUCCAAGUCUCCAGUCGCCUGUAUCCUCCAGUCCAGCUCCAUCCAACCCGUCCCCUCAGCCAGAAAGGCAGCCAGAGGUGAGAGUCAGUCCCGAAGAGAAACCGUCAGAAUUGCUACAGACUCAGCAGCCACAACUCCAGACGCCUUCCCCACCAGCAUCUCAGACUGUCUCACCCCCGCAAAGACCCAAAGAAGGAGGCCCCAGGAUCAAAAUCCAGUCCUCUUAUGCCAGGGCGCUUGCUUCCUCAUCUCCGGCUCAAGCUCCUGCCUCAACAGCUCCCGUCUCGAGGCCAACCCCAGUUUAUCGCCAACCUUCUCCUCCGAGCCCGGAGAAACCGGAGUUCAGCUACUUCAGUAAGUACUCCGAGGCAGCCGAGCUGCGUAGCACGGCGGCCGCAACGCGAUGCCCAGAGCCGGAGGCGGCAGCUAGCGGUCCGUUCCGCCUGCGCUCCAAGAAGCAGCGAACUUUUUCCAUGAUUGAGGAGGAGAUUCGAGCGGCUCAGCAGAGGGAAGAGGAGCUAAAGAAGCAGAGGGAGACGGUGCCUGUGGUUAAUGCCCGCCCCGGCAAGGCCUCCAGCAGCAAUCAUGGACCUGCGAGGACAGGGAUGAAGAAAUCAACCAUUACUCCAGCAGAUAAGAUGAAGAGCAACAGUCUGCCAGCUAGACUCACACUGACAGCGAAGACAGCACCAGGAAAGAUCGAGAAGGUUCGUCCAGUGCCGCCGGUCUCGCCCUCACCCUCUGAGGGAGCCCUGUCUGACGCCGGCAGCGAGGACUCUGGGGGAUCACGACCCAAGAACUACAUGCAGACGCUUAUGGAAGACUUUGAAACACACAAGGUGAAGAGGAGGGAGAAGAUAGAAGACAACAGUGUUCUGGAGGCCACUCGUGUCACCAGGAGGAAAAGCGACAUGGCGCUGAGGUGGGAAGCCGGCAUCUAUGCCAAUGAGGAAGGAGAGGAGGAAGAAGAGGAGGAAGAGGAGGAGGAGGAAGAAGAGGAGGAGUGAAGCGGCUCCUUUUGAGAGACAGUUAAGGGACUUGGGUGGAAGGAGGAGAAAGAGGAGGAUGAAGGAAGAAACAGGAGGAGAAAGGACUAAGACAGGAAGGAACAGUAUUUAUUUUACUCAUAGUAUUCUGAUGAUCACGUGAACCGCUGCCUUGACCGAUGGCGCUCAUGGAGGAGAUGGAUUUUUGGACCUGACGACUGAAGAGGAGAACGUUAAGAGACGAAGAAUAUGUGACAUUUGAAGUGUUGCAGUGAGUGAUGCAAGAGACACUCUGAAAGGGUUUUAUGGUGGUUUAAGAACGUUCUGCAGAGGCUUAUAUGGGACAGAAGGUUUUUUAUUAGCUGGUAGACGCUGAAUGACUUAAGUAUUCAUAGGAUUUUUCACUUUCUUGAUGAAAUGCGGGCUGAGAUCUAAAGAUUUUAUUACGACAGGUUGCCUGAGACUUGAUGAGAAUGAUGGUUUUGGCAAUGUGCGCUUGAUGAAAACCCCCAGUGAUCUUUAAAAUGUGUGAGAAGACGAUGCAGAAGAGGAGCGGGUGUAUGCAGAGUGAAACUCAGACGUGUUUUCUGGAUUUUGGGACGUAUAAUCGCGACCUGGUUUUGAUGAUACUGCGGAGAGGAUUUGAUGUUUGACAGGAUUCUUACCCGAGCAUCAUUUUCCGAACCCGUAAAGUUUUAACGGCCUGUAUCCUGCGGUGCCACAGCCCGUCACAGACAACAAGUCGCUCUGAGCUUUCCUUUUCAAGCACAGGCAUUAAAUCUCAAGUGGCCACUUUAAGGCCACUGCACACUAGAGGAUAAUUGUGGUAAUUUUAGACUCGAUUUGCCCCUUUCCCAACUGGACGUGACUCUGUGCCGAUUAUCUGCCCAAAUAAUCCUCAAGUGAGGAGUUAAAUGAAUCUUAAUGCUACCGGUUGAGUCUGAGCCUCCCUGAUCAUAUCAUGUUUGAUAUGUACGGUUCCGACAGAAACCCUUAAUACAAUAGAGAGCAUUGGUUUUCUUCUGAAGUCAUGUUUAAUCACCAGUUCAGAAGGUGGCGGUAAUGCGCCUAAAAGGCGUUUGCCAACUGCAACCGGACUGAAGAAGAAGAAAUUGCAAGUUUCUGUGAGAUUUGAAGUCUCUGAAAAUGGCCACAAUCAGUUUAACUUGUCAUUCUGUCUGUGGUUUCCCACGUUUUUAAGAUCAGUCAAGUUAAAAAUCCUCUCGUGUGCAGCAGCUCUUUAGCGUCAGCCUCCUUGAAUCAUUACAAAGCCUGCGAGGAAACCUGCGAAACGAGCGUGGAGGUGCAACUUUGCCUUAAACCUGUCAGUUAAAGGUUGAACGCAUGACACGUAUGAUGUAUUUUAUCCUCUCCUAUCCUGUAAUACUAUGUUUUUGGUAGACGUUAGAGAAAAUACGCAGCCAGAUAUAAACAAAACACAAUUCUUCAGUGUACAGGAGGAGACGGGCCGGGGGAAAGGGAAGCUAACUGCAGGUUAUGUUUGUGUCAGUAUGUGUUGAAUAAAGAAAGGGCUGGGUCCAGGGUUUUAUAUACUUAAAAAAACACACUUAUUUUACCUUCGCUGGCUCCGUCGACCUGUGCUUUCUGAUGUAAGCAGUUGUUUUCAUGUAUUAUACCGAGGUAGGACUGUGUAUUUGAUAAAUGAUCUAGCUGAGGAUGAAGUUUGAGGAAAAAUAUUGAGGAAAAAAAGCUUUUUAUAAGAAAGUUGUUAUACCAAAACCGAAUGUUGAUAUUUUAGAGAGAAACAAACUGUCGUCCUGAGCUCUUGAGUCUAUUUAAGAAAAUAAAAGUACAGAUUGUGUGCAUGGCAUUACGCGCGUUUCCUGAAACAAGCACACGACAAGACGCAAACAGACGAUCAGUAGCAACGGGCUGAGCAGACGUCUGUUCAUUUUACUUUCUGCAAGUCGGGGUUGUCAAUUUUUUUUAAGCGAAUAUAUUGAUUUUGCAGAAUGACGUGAUUUUGUGUUUUGUUAAAUGGACGAAAAAGAGAGUGUGAUGAUACUGUGGAAUGUCCCGAUGUAGAAAACUAUGUUCCCGUUUCAAAUGAAAUCACGAAACACAAUCAGAAUAAGUGAGAAUUAAAAGUAGAAAUGUAGUUGCGGUGUUUCUAAACCACUUUUCAGUCUUUAUUUUGAAGCCUUCUAGAUUAUUAUCCAGGAUUAUGAUAUCAGGAGUUUUUACUUCCUGUAUCUCAGAGGUUAAAGUUUUGAUCAAGUGUCCUUCAGCAAGGCCCGGACCUCUCUGUCUGCUCACGCUGAAUAAAAUCCAAUAAUAAAUGUCUGAAAUUCAAAAGAACCCUUGAGUAAAGAAAUCGAUUGCAGGAUGUGUUCUAUCACUUGAUCACAAUUAUUCUGUAUUGUAUUUAUAGGAAAAGUCCCAGUUGGCAAAUUACGCCACUUGAUUUUGUUUGAUGAAAAAACCCCUCACUGUGGUUCCAGAGAAUCUUCCUUGUUCUUGUUUUUAUAAACUACUAAUAAUAUAUAAAACUGGGGAAAAAGUAUUUAAAGGUAAACGACAAGUGUGUUUUUAUGGGAAUGUAAAGGAAAGUGAGUUGUUGAGCUCACAAAUGAAACAAGACAGUUCUGUGUUGCUGAUUCUUUCGCCACAAUAUUAAUCUAGGAUUUUCCAGACAUGACUCAAGCUUUCAGACAUCUUUUUUUUUUUUAAAAGCACGUUAGUCAUUUCGGCUUUUGUAGUUUUCCAAAGAGACAUUUUAAGUUGAAAUGUGAGCUUUUAUUUCCAGGAUGAAUAACGGAUCCUUCGUGAUGAAUGAUUGUUUUACUGUGGCCUAUUCUGGAUCCGAGCUUCCACUCAAAACUUAAUUCACAGCACAAUUUGUUGCUUUUAAUUUCUGCAAUUCUCACUAAACAUGUUUGGAAAGGUAACAG